AUUUUCUGCAUAUGAUGGCGGUGCGCUUGCAGUACUCAUAUCGGCUCUCUCUCUCUUUCUCUCACACUCUGUGUCUCGAUCUCUGAGCCCGAAGAAAUUCAGAGAUAUAUCAGACAUAGGUUGCAAUAUCCUGUCAAGUGUCAAAGAUGAAGAGCGAGGGCGCCAUGGAUGAACGCAAAGCGCCCUUGUUAGAGUAUUCAUCACCCGCCGUCGGAUCCAAACAUCAAGAAGACGAAGAUGUCGAUCUUACGCGGAGAGUCUUGGUUGAAUCCAAGAAGCUAUGGCACAUAGUUGGCCCAGCGAUCUUCAGCCGCAUCGCUUCCUACUCCAUGCUUGUCAUCACCCAGGCCUUCGCCGGCCACCUCGGCGACCACGAGUUCGCCGCCAUCUCAAUCGCCAGCAAUGUCGUCGUCGGCUUCAACUUCGGCCUCUUGUUGGGGAUGGCGAGCGCUUUAGAGACGCUAUGCGGGCAAGCUUAUGGAGCCAAGAAAUACCACAUGCUGGGGAUAUAUAUGCAGCGUUCUUGGAUAGUUCUCUUCAUUUGUGGAGUCUUGCUUUUGCCGGUAUACAUAUUUGCCUCUCCGAUACUGAAGCUUCUGGGGCAGACGCCGACGGUGGCCGAACUCUCCGGCUCAGCGGCCAUAUGGAUGAUUCCGCUGCACUUCAGCUUCGUUUUCCAGUUCCCGCUGCAGCGGUUCCUGCAGAGCCAGCUGAAGACCGGCGUGAUCGCCUGGGUGUCGCUGGCGGCUCUGCUGGUCCACGUGUUCGUCAGCUGGCUGUUCGUUUACCGCCUCAAGCUUGAAGUCGUCGGCGUGGCCGUGACUUUGAACUUCUCGUGGUGGGUUCUGGUGAUCGGGUUAAUGGGUUACGCCGUGUUUGGAGGGUGCCCUCUCACCUGGUCCGGCUUCUCCAUUGAAGCCUUUUCUGGUCUUGGGCAGUUUGUCAAACUCUCUGCAGCUUCUGGCGUCAUGCUCUGUUUGGAGAAUUGGUACUACAAGAUACUGAUAUUGAUGACCGGAAACCUGAAGAAUGCAGAAAUAGCGGUGGAUGCUCUAUCCAUAUGCAUGAACAUUAACGGGUGGGAAUUGAUGAUUCCUCUGGCUUUCUUUGCAGCUACUGGGGUUAGGGUUGCUAAUGAGCUAGGAGCAGGCAAUGGUAAAGGUGCCAAAUUCGCAACGAUAGUGUCGGUGACAACAUCGGUAUCAAUCGGGCUCUUCUUCUGGUCGAUAAUUCUGAUCUUCCACAAUGAAAUUGCCCUAAUAUUCACCUCUAGCAAACCUGUCCUCAAAGAAGUAAGCAAGCUCGCAAUGCUCUUAGCCUUCACUGUCCUCCUCAACAGUGUCCAACCAGUUCUCUCAGGGGUUGCUGUUGGAUCCGGGUGGCAAUCCGUUGUUGCAUACAUCAACUUGGGAUGUUACUAUCUGAUUGGGGUACCCCUCGGACUUGUGAUGGGAUGGGUCUUCAACUAUGGAGUUAUGGGUAUAUGGGCUGGAAUGAUUUUUGGAGGGACUGCAGUUCAGACCUUGAUAUUGACAAUAAUUACCAUUCGAUGCGACUGGGACAAAGAGGCAGAGACAGCAAGAUUGCGCUUGAAGAAGUGGGGAGAUAGAAUUGAUGAGACCGAUGCAUGAUAUGUACAAAUUUGAUUAUGGGGAAUGUGGAACAUGAUUAAACUUGUGAGACUAUUGAUGCAAAGUUAGCCCUACCCAAUUCAAAUGAUGUCAUGAUUUAUGAAUUAGACUAGAUUGGGCAAGUUGAAUCGAGUUAAUUGACAAUUAGUCAAUAAAUUGAUCAGUUUUUUUUAACUUGUUAUAAUACGUUUAGAUAUUCAGUCGACUAUUCAUUGUCUUUUAGAGAUAAGAAUUGAUGGGAUCUAUCAUCUCUCCAUUGAAAAUAAA